AUGGCGAGAAGAUACUCUGCUUCUGAAAAGGCAAAGUGGACCGCCAAAUCAAACUCACCGGUCCGCCGAGCCCCAGUUCAGAUCCCACGAACCGAUAACUCCGAGCUUAUUGAGCAAAACAAGCUCACGCUCAUCGGUCGUGUCUCCAACCCGGCAGCCCAGAACACUCAUGCUCUUGUGGAUUUCUUCCUCCAACACUGGCAUGUCUCGGGUUCUAUUACAAGAAGGGAACUUGGUCCUCACCUCUUUCAGUUCAGUUUCGAAUCUGAAAGAGACCUCCAGAGCAUUUUAACCAAGGCCCCCUACCACUUUAAGCGAUGGAUGAUAAUGCUACAACGCUGGGAACCUUCUGUUUCAGAGAACUUCCCUUCCACUAUCUCGUUCUGGAUACGUGUCCAUGGCCUCCCGUUGCACUACUGGACUGAUGCUGCUCUUGACGCCAUAGGCUCUGAUCUUGGACACGUCGAACUGAAGGAAGCUACUAAGGCGAGAUUCCGCGUCCACAUCAACGGGCUCUGA